AUGAACACUCCAGUAGAAAAUCUGCAAGAAAUUACUGAUUUGAUAUCGAUGCUUACUAAAUAUAUAGAUUCUGACGCUGAAUCAUUACUAGAAGACGAAAUAACACUAUUUAAUGAACAAUUCUUUGAAAAAGCAUUUAUUUGCUUGAGUUUUCCAGAUGAAGGAAUUGCUGGUAAAACUCUCAAACUUCUUUAUAAUAUGACAGUUUAUUUAAGUAGUUUUAAAGAAAUAUUUCGUUAUGUUGAUCAGCAAUUCAUAGAUCUUGCAUUUGAUAUUCCCAAUAGGUUUCCUAGGCUUAUUAUACCAUCGCUCACGUUCAUAUAUAAUUUAUUUUUUGUUUCAUAUGAAAUUUUCGCACUUUCUCUAAAUAGAAUGGUUGAUUUGAUUGAAAUGACAAAGAAUGUUAAUGACAAAGCGACAUACAACAGUUCUGUUGAAUACAUGUACAUUCUUAUUAAGGAUUUUCAUAAUGCAGUUGAAUUUCCAGAAAAUUUCUUAUACGAUUAUUUAUUAUGGGCAACAUUAAAUGGAGUCAACAUGAUGAGAGUAUAUUCAACAGUUCAAAUCGUUUUGGAAAUUUAUCAUGAUGGAAUUGAAGUUUUUGUUCAUGAUUCUGCAUUGAUUGGCCAAAUAUUAGUCACAUUAGCUGAUGCUUCUCAACAAUCUGCGUUUAUACCUGCAAUAACUAUAUUAAUUUGGCUAAUAGAAAAAACAGAUUACAUGACUACAUCAAUAAUCAUUGAUGUAGUAAAUCAUUUAGAUGAAUUAUUGCAUGAUUCGGGAGAAGCAACCGUAAAAGCUUGGGAAUUAAUGGAAAUAAUAUCACAAAGAUCACAAUUUUUAUCAAAUGAACUUCUUGAGACAAAUUUCGUUCAGAAUGUUCUUGAUGUGUUUAUGUUCGAAUCUAGCGUUCGCGCUGAUGCUAAAAUUAAAGCAGUUCGUGCUUUAAUUAAUUUCAUUUUAGUUUUAUCAGAUGAACAACUUAAUUUCUUGCCAAUGGAUUCCAUACUUGAAUUAUUUGAAGAAGUAGAGACAGAUUCCAUUAUUCCUGAUGAUUUACUCAAUCAAGUUAAAAUUAAGUUAACUCGCCAAAAUUAA